AUGAAAUGCCUAUUGAAGUUUGUGUACACGUCCAAUUUGGAUCUAUCAUCUGAAACAGUUGAUCAGUUGGCUGAGUGCGCUCAUCAACUUGGAAUACAAUCUGCAUUUGAACUUUGUGUUUGCUUUAUGAUCAAUAACAUUGAUUUAUACAACGUCUUUUCCUUCUACAACGUGGCUUUCAAUACUGAUUGCAAAGUUUUGAAGGAGUGUGCAUUCAAAGUCAUUGCGGAUAAUUUUCUCAUCGUUUGCCAGACGCCUCAUUUCUGUUUGUUACCUAUUGAUAGGUUAUUACCGAUACUAAAAAGUGAUGACUUGCAAGUCAGAAGCGAAAAAGACGUUCUUGACGCUGCUAUAAGUUGGAUUAAAUAUGAUAUGAGUUCACGCCUUGAGAUAGCCGACCGACUGCUCUCAUGUAUCCAACUA